CGUCCCCGCUCUCAUUCUGUGCUCAUCUACACUGUUCUGUGCUUCAUCUCUGUGCUGACUUUGACUCUGAACCUGCUGGUCAUUGUCUCCAUCUCACACUUCAAGUACUCACUGUUACUAACCUAUAUUUCCACAUAUUUCCACAUACUUCCACACGUUAAAGAAGUUGAUAUGUUUAUAGGCUUCUUGCUGCUGGAAUGAUAACUUGUUGUCUCUCUCACAGGCAGCUCCGUACUUCCACCAACUUCCUCAUUCUCUCUCUGGCUGUGUCAGAUUUCUUCGUGGGCCUCAACAUGUCAAAUCAAAUUAGGCUUGUAAAUGGUUGCUGGCUCUUCAAUGACCACAUGUGCACUCUGUAUUUUGUCUUAGACUAUAUUGGCACCUGUACAUCAAUAGGAAUAAUGGUGCUCAUAUCUAUUGACCGUUAUGUGGCCAUCUGUCACCCUCUGCAUUACUCCACCCAGGUCACACCUAAAAGAGUUCAGGCGUGUGUGUCACUGUGCUGGUUCUGGUCUCUGGUCUAUGUCAGCAUAGUAAUGAAGGAUGACAUACAACAACCAGGCAGGUUUAAAUCCUGUGAUGGAGAAUGUGUUUUUUAUAAUAGUAUUAUUCACCAACUGACAGACUUUAUUUUUAUCUUUCUUCUUCCUAUUACUAUUAUUGUUGUUCUGUAUAUCAGAGUAUUUGUAGUGGCUAUAGCUCAGGCUCGAGCCUUGAGGUCUCACAUUGCAGCCGUCUCACAUCAGAAUUUAGUGAGUGUAACAGCUGCAAAGUCUGAGUUGAAGGCAGCCAGGACUCUGGGUGUCGUUAUAGUUGUGUUUAUAAUAUGCAUUUUUCCAUAUUUCUGUGUCACGGUCACAGGUCAGGAUGCUGUGGUCAAUGCUUCAUCUGCGUCCCUUGUUUUAUGUCUGUAUGACUCCAACUCCUGCUUCAACCCCCUGCUGUAUGCCUGCUUUUACCCCUGGUUUAGAAAAUCUAUCAAGCUUAUUGUUACACUUCAGAUUGUGAAGCCUGGCUCCUCUGAGAUAAACAUGCAGUAGAGUGAAGAGAUUAGAAUAAACCAGAAUUCCACAGCAGCCGUAGUGUCCACCAAAGCACUGUUGCUCGUCUUUUUGGUGAUAACACGUAUGUUAAUCCACUGCCCAGUUCUGCAUCCUCUGUUUGAGAGUGUGUGGGGGUGUUUAACGUAACAGAACAGAUGUUCGUGGUGGCUCAGUGUCAGGCCUGUGUGAUAAGGACUUGUAUUGUGGCUGUAUCACUUUAACGUCAGUAAAUCCUCCAGCUAAAUAACCUACGAGGAUGCAGCUACACUUGUGUUUCUAUACGUGUUUGUGUCAGCGUGACAGUAAAAGUCUGUGUUGGAUCUACUCUCUCAUCUACUGUAUGUCAGCAUAGUGCUAAAAAAUGGUUUUGAACAACCAGGCAUGUUUAAAUCCUGCGACGGGAGUGUGUGCUCACCAGCAAUAAUAUUCAUCAAGAUACAGGUUUAAUUUUCUUUUCUUCUUUUUGGUGAUAACACGCAUGUUAAUCCACUGCCCAGGUCUGCAUUCUAUACUUGAGAGUGUGUGGGGGUGUUUAAUGUAACAGAACAGAUGUUCGUGGUGGCUCAGUGUCAGGCCUGUGUGAUGAAGACUUGUAUUGUGGCUGUAUUACUUUAACGUCAGUAAAUCUUCCAGCUCAAUAGUCUACACGGAUGCAGCUACACUUUUGUUUCUAUACGUGUUUGUGUUAGUGUGACAGUAAAAGCAUGUGUUGUAUAUAUUCUCUCAUCCAUGUCAGCAUAGUGAUGAAAAAUUGCUUCAAACAUCCAGGCCUCCAUCCCUGUAAGAAUAUUUAAAACUAUGCUUGACUCUUGUGUUAAAUCUGUGGUUUCAUCUAUUAGUGUCUGGUGAAGAUUUAAUAUAUAAAUUUAAAGUUAAGCCACAUUUUAAAGCAAGCUGUGCAGAGACAAUAAUAAGAUUUCAGUAAAAUAAAAACUGUACAUUUUUCUGUUUUUGCUCUUAGCUUUGGAAUGGAAAGUGAAUUUUAGAGUAAUAACUAAUCAGGAACCAACAUCACCUACUCUUAACAAUAUACUUUUAUUAUGACAAAAUAAAAAAACAUGUUCAAAUAUCAAAGAACACGUUAUGUAUUUAGAGUUUUGUGAGUCCAUUGAUAGUUAUAGUAUAUAAUUAUAUUAGAAACAGUAGUGGGGAACGAUAGAGUGUCAUGAUUCAUGUUACCUGUCACAUCCGGUUUUAUUUUGUUAGACUUCCUGUUACUCUCCGGUUCUCAGUAUUCACACCUGUACGUAAUCAGCAAUCACGCUUCAGUAUUUAACCUCCAGCUCUCACAGACACUAGCCGCCAGAUUGUUAGUUCAUGUACUCUUUCCUGCAUUCUAUAGUUAGCCAUUCGUGUUUUGACCGUGACCGUCUCGACCAUUGAUUCUUGCCUGAACCCUGUUUAUCCUGCUACCUGUGAAAGACCUGUGCCUGAUAAUCUGACCGUGAGUUUUUGCCUGAUCCUUGUCUGUACUGUUGCCAAGUCUGCUCGUGUACCGAACCCUGCCUGGACCUUGACGCUGAGAUUGCCUGCUCCAUUGUGUAUUGUCUACGGGAACGAACUGUGUAUGACCUGGACCGCCUGACUCUGUAUCACCGAAUAAACCUGCACUUAAUCACAUCUGUGUUUCUGCGCCGUGCAUGUGGGUCCGACACCUGCCCAAGCCUGACAUAGAGGAGGGGUUAAGGACACGUACCUUACCUUAAGAGAGAGAUUGUUGGUCAGAGCUGCCAGAGCUCAGCAGCUUCUCUCUGAUGAUGAUGGAGGAGGAGGCUGAGCUCUGCUUCCCACAGCUCAACACCUCCUGCUGGAAACCAAAGCGUCCCCGCUCUCAUUCUGUGCUCAUCUACACUGUUCUGUGCUUCAUUUCUGUGCUGACUUUGACUCUGAACCUGUUGGUCAUCGUCUCCAUCUCACACUUCAAGUACUCACUGUUACUAACCUAUAUUUCCACACGUUAAUGAAGCUGAUAUGUUUAUAGACUUCUUGCUGCUGGAAUCAUAUCUUGCUGUCUUUCUCUCGCAGGCAGCUCCGUACUUCCACCAACUUCCUCAUUCUCUCUCUGGCUGUGUCAGAUUUCCUAGUGGGCCUCAACAUGUUACAUCAAAUUAAUCUUGUAAAUGGUUGCUGGCUCUUCAGUGACCACAUGUGCACUUUAUAUUUUGUUGUAGACUGGCUUGGUCCCGCUGCGUCAACAGGUGUCAUGGUGCUCAUAUCUAUUGACCGUUAUGUGGCCAUCUGUCACCCUCUGCAUUACUCCACCGAAGUCACACCUAAAAGAGUUCAGGCGUGUGUGUUACUGUGUUGGUUCUGGUCUCUGGUCUAUGUCAGCAUAAGGAUGAAAGAUGAAAUACAACAACCAGGCAGGUUGAAGUCCUGUUUUGGAGAGUGUGUUUGUUCUAAUAGUGUUAUUUACCAGCUGAUGGACUUUAUUAUUAACUUCUGUUUUCCUAUUACUAUUAUUGUUGUUCUUUAUAUCAGAGUAUUUGUAGUGGCUAUAGCUCAGGCUCGAGCCAUGAGGUCCCACAUUGCAGCCUUCUCACACCAGCAUUCAGUGAGUGUAACAGCUACAAAGUCUGAGUUGAAGGCAGCCUGGACUUUAGGUAUUGUUAUAGUUGUGUUUAUAAUAUGCAUGUUUCCAUAUUUUUGUGUUACAGUCACAGGAAAGGACGAUGUGGUCAGUGCUUCAUCAGCCUCCUCUUUUUUAUUCCUGUAUGACUCCAACUCCUGCUUUAACCCCCUGCUGUAUGCCUGCUUUUACCCCUGGUUUAGAAAAUCUGUCAAGCUUAUUGUUACACUUCAAAUUGUGAAGCCUGGCUCUUCUGAGAUGAACAUGCAGUAGAGUGAAGAGAUUAGAUUAAACCAGAAUUCCACAGCAGCCGUAGUGUCCACCAGAGCACUAUUGCUCGUCUUUUUGGUGAUAACACGUAUGUUAAUCCACUGCCCAGUUCUGCAUCCUCUGUUUGACAGUGUGUGGGGGUGUUUAAUGUAACAGAACAGAUGUUCGUGGUGGCUCAGUGUCAGGCCUGUGUGAUAAAGACUUGUAUUGUGGCUGUAUCACUUUAACGUCAGUAAAUCCUCCAGUUAAAUAACCUACGAGGAUGCAGCUACACUUGUGUUUCUAUACGUGUUUGUGUCAGCGUGACAGUAAAAGUCUGUGUUGGAUCUACUCUCUCAUCUACUGUAUGUCAGCAUAGUGCUGAAAAAUGGUUUUGAACAACCAGGCAGGUUCAAAUUCUGUGACGGAAGUGUGUGCUCACCAGCAAUAAUAUUCAUCAAGAUACAGGUUUAAUUUUCAUAUUCAUCAUUUCUAUUACUGUUACUGUGGUUUCUAUAUAUGCGAGUAUUUCUUUUGGCUUAGACACUCUGUUUCCUAGUCAAUUUAACUGCGGUAAAUAUUUCCUGCUUUGUUCACGCCAACACUCUGCUGUUUUCUGCGUUCCCUCAUUUCUUUCUUUGCAAAUCUAGAUGUCCUGCUCAAUGAUACAUUUGUCCGUAAUUGUACCAGUAUUUUACAUUAUGUCUAAAUCUAAUGGGUCAGAUCUUGGUAUUAAAUCCCUGGUUUCAUCCAUUAGACUUAGCGUCAAUUCAAUUCAAUUCAAUUCAAUUCAAUUCAAUUCAAUUCAAUUCAAUUCAAUUCAAUUCAAUUCAAUUCAAUUCAUAUAACGCCAACUCACAACAAAAUUAUCUCAAGGCAAGGUAAGGUUUAAAACCAUACAUAACUAAACCCAACAAUUUAAUCCUCAACACUGUUGAAGAUUAAAAGUAUGAACUUAAUGUCAAGCCACCUUUUGAAACAAGUUGUGCAGAGACAAUCAUAAUAUUUCAGCAAAAUAAAAACUUUAUGUUUUUCUGUGUUCGCUUUUGAAUGGAAAGUGGUUUUUAGAAUAAUAACUGCAAACAGGAACCAUCAUUACCAACCCUUCACAAUAUCCUUUUAGUAUGGCAAAAUAAACAAAAUAUAUGAAAAUAUCAAGGAAUGUUGUGUAUUUAGUGUUUUAUAUUUACACACAAACCACCAGCAGAGAGCUGCCCCUAGGGAAGCGUUCGCAAAAGCAGGGGUCGAGGGGAGGAGCUGCCCAGUCGAGGCACUGCCAACAGGUACGACACGGAGGAGACCUGGAGACACCAAAGCAGAGGAGACAGGAAUCAAGGCUGACGUGGUCUCCCCCUGGACUAUCAGCCGGCGCGGCACUCUCUGGACUGCCCGGAACUGAGGCAGACACGGCCAGGAGCCCGAGGCAGGUUUGGUCGUCAGCGGACUGCCAGGAACCCCUGGGGAAACACAGAAGAGCAGAGGGCAUAGGGACAGGAGCAGGCGUGGUCAUCUCCAGACCACCAAGACACGAGGCAGGCGUGGUCUCCACCGGACCACCAGGAGCUGAAGCAGGUGUGGCCCACUUCGGACGAACGGAAACUGGAUGUAAAUAUCCUGCCUGUGUGUUGUUGCUUGUUGUUGUUGCUGUGCUUUUCUCUCUCUCUCUCCCCUCACCCCAACCGGUCGAGGCAGAUGGCCGCCCACAUCCAGUCUGGUUCUGCUGGAGGUUUCUUCCUCGUUAGAGAGGGAUUUUUUCCUCUCCAAUGUUGCUGUCAAAUUAAAUGCUUGCUGUAUGUGGGAUUUGUUGGGUUUAGUUGUGUGAGGUCUUACAUAUUUGCCACAUCAAGGCUACUGAUAUAUUAUUAUUCACAGAUCAAUAAUUAUUUGAUUAGAAAAUUUUAUUUGAGAAUAAAACAUGGACUGUGAUUCUGAACAACCGCAUAUUAGCGAGGGUUUGAUGGUCAGUUUGCUCUGAUGCAGUUCUCACACACAACAAGCAGAUGUCGUUGUUCUGACUGUGUCAAAUGGUGUUGAGCAAUGUGUCGAUUUCAAACCCAACUGUGUCAUAGUUGCUCAGUGAUUCAUGAUUCGAUUUCGCCAUCUCUAGUUCAGCAACAAAAGCAGAGUCCCAGAUUCAGAACAAAGGGAGCAGGCAUUUGGGAUUGGUACACAACAGGACUUACUGAUAACAAUUUCCCAAGCUUUGAACAUCUCACGGACCACUGUUCAGUCCAUCAUCUUGCCUGAAGAGUAUGGCACAACUGCAAACGUACGGAGACAUCUGUAUAAUGUCCAAUACUAAACGAACAGGCUGAACAAUGAGAGCACUGAUCAGAGAUGCAGCCAAGAGGCCCAUGGUGACUCUAGAUGAACUGCAGAGAUCUACAACUCAGGUGGGGUAGUCUGUCCAUAGGACAACUAUCAGUCAUGCAAUGCACAAAUCUGGGCUUUAUGCAAGAGUGGCAAGAAAAAAGCCAUUGAUAAAACUGCAAACAGGACUUUUUGUAGUUUUCUUUUAACAAAGGUCAUGUGAAUGACCCAGCAAAUUUGCAGAUAGGCAGGCAUGCACAUUCCCAGCUUUUAUUCUGGGGGGGGGGGUCAAACUGUUAGAACGUACACGGACAGUAUUCUUGUUUCUCUUUAUAAACGUGACAAACGGCAUUUAAACAAAGCAUUGUGUUAAAAACGAAUAAACGAGCUGAAAACAGUGUUUUCGAAACCAUCUUGUUUUCCCAGCUUUUACUCUGGUGGGGUAAUCAAACUGUUAAAACGUACACGGACCCGACUCACCCGACAGUACUUAAACACGAGGACAUACUGUAUAAAGACAGCAGCAACUUCAGCAAUUGACAACAAACACUAGCGUGCAUUGACAACUUGAUCCAAGUCAUCUGCCUAUGAAUAAGUUGCUCCUCAGCACCAAAUCGUUGGAACGUCACAUCUCUGUCUGCUUUAGAUGGUGAUGCCACUUCCAAGAUUCUCUCGUUGCCUGCAUUUGCACUUGCAUACAUUUCUGGUUUAGCUCUGUCUGGGCACAUCAUCUGUCAUUUGGGCUCUUACGUUUCAUUCAGUCGGAGCAAACUACAGGUCAUUGCGGUCUGAGUAAAUUUUAAGAUUUUGGUUUCUCCACCGACUUAAAAGCUGCUUUAACGAGAGAACGACUUAUUUUUUUUUUCUCUGCUUUCUUCUCAAAAUGAAAAAUCAACUUUAAAUCCAACUCCGUGUCUUGUGUCUAAAAAACAACUCCUCUUGAUUUCUGUAUGUCGCUCAUAUCAAGAGAAACGAAAAUUCAGUUUGUUUUAUAUUUUUUCUUCAUGACCAAAAAAACAGAAGACAAGUACAGAUAUACAUAUAAAAUCCAUUUAUAACACAGAUUGAUAAAUAAAUAAAUAUAGAUUCCUAUUUCAUGUUAUUAUACUUAUAUUGUCUUAUUGGAUUGGCUGGAGGAGGGACUGUGUCUCUCGGCUGGCCUGGGAACUGUGUAAAAACAUCAGCAGCUUCGGCAAUUGACAACAAACACUAGUGCGCACUAGCGAGCAAAGACGCAUAAUAAUCUAUUAUAUUUAAAAAUUAACUACUCUACAUUUAAUGAUACAAUAAACAUGACAUCGUCUUUUGUGCUUAAUAAUCACCACACAAUGGAAUUUUAUCUGUACAGACACAGAUAGAAAUGAACAGUUGGACCUCACAUUUUUGCGCCACCUGGUGGUUAAAACGAGACUAGCACCCUGAUUUUUUUCAGCUGGCUGCAGGAUUAAAAAUCCUUAUUCGGGGACACACACGUUGUGCGUUGGCGACGCACACGUACUGCGGUAAAAAAGGUGGUCGCUUUGAAGUGCUAUGACUGUACGUGGUGCAGUGUAAAGAGGUCUCGACUAUCCCCCCUGUAUACACAAUUUGCCUGUGUGACACACAACACCACUACGCUCUCUCUGCCGUCAACUGUUUCUCUUGAUUCUCUUCUCUUGAUCUCUCUCUUGCCACGUGUCUCCUUCUCUUCCUGCAUCCACGUGGGGUUCUUUAUAGACGCCACGGCACAGAUUUAAAUGUAUGACGUGACUCUGCCCCGGAACUUCACACAAAGAUCAGGACACAUAUCCAUGCACAGAAAACACAGUGCCACGUAUUGGCACGUAACACCCAAUCUUUUAACAACUCCGGCUGCUGCUGAUGCAUGUUCUCUUCUCUUCGAGGAGGUCAAAGCUUAAACUUGUUUUCAACUUUUUUGAGGAUCAAAUAUAAGCAGUAGACGGCUGCAGGUGGUUACGGCCUCCCUCCCGGGGGAGGGUUCGCCUCCCCUGUCGCUGAAACAUGGGGUUCGCGUUGCGGCUAAUCCCACUUACUCGCUAUAAUAAGUUCUCCUGGCUAUCAGGUUGGCUUUGCCAAUAUUAUGUAAGGUUCGCAUAUGAGCAGAGCCAGUGGUGGCUUUUGUUAGGGAAGAGCGAAUGGUGACCAACUGGUGGAAAGUGGCAUUGUGCUUUGUGAUGAGUAUGUUUGCGUUUCGCUGAUUUUGCACCGGCCACUAGAGUUACAGUUUCAGGUGUUCCCCCCUUCAUUCCCGACAAACUGCUGGGGAAGGAACUCCUUUGGUUUGGGAAGUUCGCCAGCAAGUUCAAUGUGAGUUGUUCCUCAUACUUAGCCACAUACACAUACAUUUAGGGCUAGGGGUGGGCUCUUUCACUGGGGCCUGGGGCUGAGGCCAGUUGUGGCCUCGCCAACUGGCCCUGGUGGAGAAAUCACCACCCAGUUUUAACUGCAAAAAGACAUUAAUUGUGGGGUGGGGGGCACUGUCCGGGGGACACACCGUCAGCCAGCAGUCGUGCUCCUGGAGGUGUCAUCCACUUUCAGUGCACUCUCGUUCCACACACUCACGUCCAAGCUGGGUUGCAGGGUGCCUUUUCCGCUGCCCUCUGCUUCUCCCGGGUUGGGGGAGUUGGGCGGGGCUCAGGAGGAGCUGCGGUCCCUGCCAGGGGCCAUGUGGGCGGCAGGCCAGAGACCUACCCACCCCACAAAUGAGAUCAAGCGAAUGGUGUGGGUGCGAGAAUGUAUUUAAGAUUGACUAGUUUGUUGUGAGAGAGUUUAUGGUGUGUGUGUGUGUUGAUGUGCGUGUGGGUGGGUGUAUGCGUCUGUGUUUGUGUGAGUCUAUGCGUGUGGUUGGAGUGUGGGGGGUCCGGUUUUCCGCCCAGGGUAUGUUGAUUGUCUGCCUGGGUGGUCUCUUUUCUGCUGACCCCCACCAAUUGCUGGCCUUGUGCAUGGCCGGUGUGGUGCCAGGGGGUGAGGUCGGGCCGAUGGGGUGGGCCCCACUCUGCUCGUGUGGGGGUGGUGGACUGGGGGUGGGCCCCACUCUGGGCGCAGGGGCAUCUCCUAGCGGGCUCCCUACGGACCAUGGGUCCUCGGGCUCCACUCUUUAAGGCCGACCCUUCCACUGGGGGGAGUGUUUGCCCCUGGUUCUCAUGGAGUGGGGGCUCUGUGUGGGCGGCUUGGGUCGCAACACCUGCCCUCCUGGACCUGAAGGUGUGUGGGCUCCCUGGCUGCUAGGAUUCUUUCCUCUGCUUGUUGGAUGGGCGUAGUGGCCGAGCUCCUCACAUCACCCUGGCUUUCACAAGUGGCAUUGUUCAUGCACCAACGUCUGUCUCACCCUUUGGGUGAACAUUGUUAAGCUACAGCUCUACUAACCUUGUAGUGGGACACUCAACACCUGAGCUGAUAAACAGGCUUUCCAAACCCAACUGUAAGUAUUGCUGGUACUUAUCACUACCAAUAUCAAUAAUGUGUGCAUAUGGAAAUUGUGGUGUUGUAUGUCAUGACUAUUAUUAAGUAGUAUGGGAUAUGUAUAACAAUACACAUGUGUAUGUAUAUGAUAUGUAUAUGUUUGUAUGAGUAUGUGCACAUACCUUAACACUAUUAUUGAUAUUAGUAUUAAUCUCCAAGGUAAACCACAGUACAACAGUUGUUUAGUUAUGAAUGUGUUAGCCUGAGGUACAUCCCUGCUUAUGUCACAGCCUGGACUCACUUCCUGUUUUAUUUUCUUGUUUUUCCGGUUUUGUCUUGUCACCGUAGUUUAGCUUUACUUUGCAGUCACAUGAGCAACAGCUGUUUUCCAUCAACCAUUAUUCACUUAGUAUUUAAACAAUUGUACGCCAUAGCACCUUGCCAGAUCGUAAAUCGUGUUCCCGUGUGCCUCAGCUAGCUCUGUAUUCGCGGUGCGUGUGGGUCCGCUACCUUGAACGCCAUGACAGCUUAUUUAUUUUGCACCGAUUUUUUACUUAACAGAUUUGCUUGGUUUCAGCAGCUGGUUGCACCCCCACCCCCCUCCCGCACACACCCCAAAGCAGAAACUUAACCUGUCCAACAACACAGCAACAUCACACAUAUUUGGGAAAGAAAAAAAAAAGAGUUGUCGUUUAGAGUGAUGUACGGCGGAGCAUUUUUAGCAGUUUAUGCAAGUUCAGGAAGCCUAAAAUGCUUUGAGUGUGGUGAUGUGGGACAUAAGUGGACGUCCUGUCCGCAAAGAGUGAGGGACAGACAGUCGGAGGAGCAGCAUGAAUGUGAUGGUAAGCGACAAGUCUUAGGCGGUCAGCAGAGGUUGAGGAUUGGGACACUCAAUAUUAAUGGAGGGAGGGACAGGGACAGCCACCGUCUUCAAGCUAAUUAAGGCCAAAAGCAUAGAUGAACUCAUUUUUCAAGAGACACAAUACAACUGAAAAUGAAACUGAUCAGGCAGCCGAGUGGAAAGGGCAGGUUCUCCUGAGCCAUGGCUCUAACUUAAGUGCAGGGGUGGCUGCCCCUUUUUCUCCAUUUGUAAAGUUAACAGAGGUGCGAGUGCGUGAAGUUGUAUCCGGCAGGGUUCAGGUAGUGGAGGCCAAAAUUAGAGGGUUAUCUUUUAUGUUUUAUGCACAUAAUUGUGGUUCACGUAAGUUGGAGCAGUUUCAGAAGCUGCGCGACACCCAUGAGCAGCUCGGUGGCAGUUCUAAAGUCAUUUUAGGGGGUGAUUAGAACUGUACUACACACACUCAGGUAGAUAGGAAUACGGGGGGAACCACAUUUUCCAUCUGCCUCCCUGUUGUUGGGGAUAAUUAGUGAAGAAGACAUGGUGGACUUAUGGAGGGUUUUCAACCCAGACAUUAAGCAAUAUACAUGGGUCAGGGUACAUGGGUGUUAGAGGGGCUAGGUUUACAUAUAUAAGACCUACUGUAAUCUGCUGACAGCAUCCACAAUAUCACCGGUGGGGAUUUGGAUCACCAAAGAGAGAGGUGAGAACAGACCUGUAGCUGGUCGCACAUGCUAAAGUUUUGGAGUCAGUGGAAGCUGAGAAGGGGGAUCUUGAGAAUCUGGGCCUCUGGUGGGGGGUUUGGAAGUCCCAGAUCAAAACCUGUUGUGAACAAUAUACGAACACAUACCUAAAUUCUAGAAAGAAAUUAGAUAAACAAGUUGGAGAAAGAGAUAAGGGUGCUGGAGGAAGAGUUAAUAAGUGGGGUGAGGGAAAAUGGCAAAACAUUGAAGACCACAAAUUAUGCAAGUUUAUGCAUGAGAAAGCUAAGAGGGCUUUAAUUAGGAAUAGAAUUUUAACUGUUAAGGAUAUGGAUGCCCUGACAGCUUUUUUCUUUAAUCUUGAGAAGUAAGUGCGGGAUGCAAAUGUGAUAAAACAUCUGAAACUACGGAAUGAAUCUUUAACUACGGAGCCUGUCAUGAUGAGAAGAAUUGCCAUUGAUUUCUACACAAAGCUGUUUAGUGCAGACAGUUGCAGACCACACUGUGCAAAGGCGCUCCAGGAGGGGCUGCCAAAGCUGACAUAGAGUCAGUCUUCCCUGCUGGAGCAAGAAAUGUCAUUGGUUGAGAUGAAUUCGGAAGGGAUAGUUGAAAAAGUCAGUGCCCGAUUGUCUAAGUGGACCUGGAUCCGCCCCCAGGUAUCUUAUAGGGGUAGGGUGUUGGAAGGAGGCCAGGGAUUGGUGGACCUAAAGAGUCGUGUGGCGACCCUUUCGCCUGCCGACUGCUUAGCGGUACCACGAUCCCCCAAAUGUGGACAGAAACAGCGGCAGUACUCUUCCGCAGAGUGAUGGAUUUACAAUACGAUAAACAUUUGUUUUUGCUGGAUCUGAGUAAAGUUGAUCCUUCACGGGCUUCGCCCUUUUAUCAGUCUAUGAUGUGGGUGUGGAGUAGGACAAAGAUCAAAAGAGACUGUAAAAAGUUCUAUGGAUGUGUGGCAGAUGAGCCUCUGUUUUUCAACCCGCUAAUCCAGUGCAGGAGCCUUUUGUCAGUUAGUGUACAGAGGAUGCUGGUGUCGGGCCAGUGUGACAAAGUUAAGGUGGCUGAUGGAAGAUGGAGAUUGGAUUGUAGUUCCAUUACAUGAGAAGGAGGUGACGGAGAUAGGACAAUGCUGUCUUUUCAGGCACCUGAGUUAAUGGAACAAUCAAUGACAUUGAGGAAAUACUAUUGGGUAGCAGUGACGGUGACCAACAGAAGCUGUCUUGUGGGUUUGCAGGAGUCGAAGUGGUCAGGUAUAUUGCCGCUAGGUUCUUCUCCUAGCGGCAGCUGGAGGUCCGUGUAUAAGCCUCUUGUAGAGAAGCGUACUGCAGAUCUACAGUGGAGGAUUAUACACAGGGCCUUGGCUACGAACAGACAUGUGGCACAUUUUGAUAGAACAGUGGGUGGAGAGUUCUUUUUGUUUAACAGAGGAGUGCUUGCAGCACCUCUGGCUCGACUGUCCCAGAUUUACAGUACUUCCUUUUGUUCUCUAUUAACAUGGUGGUUUGAGGGGAUGGAGCAAGAUUUAAAGGGGGAAGUUUUCACUUUUAGUCCUGUUUACAGGGCUUCCCAAAGGCAGAGGGUCUGUUUGUCAAAUUUUCUCAUUGGUCAGGCAAAAAUGAGCAUUUGUGUAUGAUCAGUAAAACUUCAGUUUUAAGGCCUGGUGGCCUCAGGGUUAAAAGUUGAGUUUGCCUAUUAUAAGAUAUCAGAUUUAGAUACUUUUGCUUUUCAUUGGUGUUCGAAAAGGUGUAGAGUGUGUGGAGUUAGUGAAUGAAAUCGGGACUUUUCUGGACACUUUUAUAUUGCUCUUUUUAGAUGACAAGGUAAUUAAACUUGUUUUAAACUUAUUUGAGGAUUAGGUGUAAGCAUUAGUCGGUUCUUUGUAGGUGGUUAUGGCAUCCCUCCCAGGGGAGGGUUCGCCUCCCUUGUCAAUGCGACAUGGGGUUAGGGUUGCUGCAAACCCACGCUAUACAGUAGAGCAGGUUCUUUUGGCGAUUGGGGAACAGAUCGGCCACCCUAACAUCAUGUAUGACUCUGGAAUGAGCAGAGUCGUAGUAGCAUUCGUCAGAGAAGAGACUCUGGUUCAUCAGCUGGUAGAAAGCGGACUGGUACUAGAUGAUGAAUAUGUGACUAUGUCGUGUAAAGUUGAGUCUUAGAGGGUUCAAGUAGUGGAGUCUGGUAAUGAUAGACCUGUCUUUAUUAGUGCAGUGUCAGCAAUGUCAAUACUGGAAAUUAAAAAAUAAACUUUAAUUAGUAGGGAAUAUGGAUCAGGAGGACAAUAAACAAUACAAAACACAACUCUCUUCUGAGUUUGAGUUGGGAUGAGAAAGGCUCAGAGUGAGCCUCUCAAAUGAGUUAGAACUAUGUUUAGGUUUAGGAGUAAUUAAUAAAUCUGAGUUAUACAUUGAUGCUACUACUUCACCUCUACCUGUACUUCUAGGAACAUGAUGGUUGAUGUGACUAAUUCAAAUCAACUUAUUUAAACUAACAUGUUUAUUCGGCUGCAGCCGGAUUUCAGUGAGACAGAUCUAUAUGAUGGUCACUUAUCAAGUCAUUUAAUAACAAGGAUUUAGAUAAGAGAGAUCUGAUUUUUAAUAAACCACACUUUAUUAACAUAAUGUUAAUUUUUUUUGUAAGAGGAACCGUUUUGAUGUUUAUUAAAUUCUGGUAAAUGACUCCUCCUUGAUUUGUUUGUGACUUGUAUAGUUUAGGCGGUCGGGGAGCAGACACAGUUUCUAGGCGAUGACUAAGACUAAGAGGGGGUGGCGGCUGUAGAGAACAUGCAGGAAGACGUGCAAGCGACUCUACGUCCCGGGCUCCACUCUGAGCUGUCACAGAGUAGUAGCAGAGAGGCUCCGUUCAAUGUGCUGUUCACACUGGGUAGGGGUCCAGAGAAAACUAAGGACUUCGACAUUGUUUUGGCAAACGGACACACCGACUCAAUGUUAGUUUUAGUGACUUCCAAUUGGCGUAACCGGGCGUCAUUAGCUCCUGCGUGUAUUACGAUCUUGCCGUACUUACGCUUAUCCUUAAGAUAAGACUCCAUGUUGCCCGCUCUGGCCCCAGGCAAACUUUAAGUCCAACAACCUCGCCUCCAAAUCUGUAACUAGUGUACACUUAUUACAGAUACCAUUGCAAUCAGUAAAGUAGGCAGAGGAUAAGCUACCGAACAGAGUGAGAGGGAGAGGAACAGGGGGAAGCCAAAGCAGGAAUGUAAGCUAGCUGAUAUGAUGGCAGAGAAAACACAAGGUAACUGUGAUUAGCAAGAUUAUCAGGACGUUUAAUGAAAAAGAAGGAUGCUAGAGCUAUUACAAGUUUUGUUUUGUGACUCUAAGCAGUCGCUACCAACUACAAGUAUGUAGCAGCAGCAAACCUCAGUAACAGGACGCGAUAUGCUUACCCACAGUCAGCCCAUCCCGCCUAAAAAAACAUAGCUUUCUUGUUCUUAAUUUUUGACUGAGUAAGCGAUUGAUAUGUUUAUUAUUAUUUUUUAUUAUCAUUAUUAUUAUUAUUUGUUUUACAUUACUUAAAUUACAUUUUUUGAUUUGUCUUUUCCUGUAAUUAUUUUUGUGUGAAUUAAACA